UUAUCUGCCACGUUUCCUGACUGUUGCGUUGUCAUAAUUGUAUUGCGGGAAAAGUUAGCCGAGUGUAGUUCGAGCACGGUGUUAGCCGUGUUGACAAAUUUAUUGUAUUAACUGAACAUGCAAAUACUACGACAAUUAGAUGUGCACCCAAAAGUGCGCGAAGAAGCGGAUAUUCUUGUGCGAACUUUCAGUGGUGCCGUUGUGACAAUCAUUAGUACAAUUAUUAUGGGUAUUUUGUUUCUAUCUGAAGUGAAUUAUUAUCUCACUCCAACAUUGAGUGAAGAAUUAUUUGUAGAUACUUCAAGAGGUUCAAAAUUAAGAAUUAACUUAGAUAUAAUUGUACCUACAAUAUCUUGUGAUCUUUUAUCUAUAGAUGCAAUGGACACAACAGGUGAACAACAUUUACAAAUAGAACAUAAUAUAUUUAAAAGGCGUUUAGAUUUAAAUGGAAAACCUAUAGAAGAUCCACAAAGAACAGAUAUUACUGACACAAAAGCACUUAAAACAACAGCAAAGACAUUAGAAAGUACUACAGAGAAAAUAUGUGGAGAUUGCUAUGGUGCUGCUAGUGAAAUUAUCAAGUGUUGUAACACUUGUGAAGAUGUAAGAGAAGCUUAUAGACUUAAGAAUUGGGCACCUCCUGUACUAGGAAAUAUAAAACAAUGUCAAAAUGAUAAAUCGGUGGAAAAAAUGAAAACUGCUUUUAUUCAAGGAUGUCAAAUUUAUGGUUAUAUGGAAGUAAAUAGAGUAGGUGGAAGUUUUCAUAUUGCACCAGGAGAUAGCUUCUCUGUAAAUCAUGUACAUGUACAUGAUGUCCAACCAUACACAUCAACACAAUUUAAUAUGACUCACAAGAUUCGUCACUUAAGUUUUGGAUUAAAUAUUCCAGGAAAAACAAAUCCUAUGGAUGAUACCACUGUAGUUGCAAUGGAAGGUGCGAUGAUGUUUUAUCAUUAUAUCAAGAUUGUACCUACAACCUAUGUUCGCGCUGAUGGCUCUACAUUAUUAACAAAUCAAUUUUCUGUAACUCGACAUGCUAGACAAGUUUCUUUAUUUAGUGGAGAAUCAGGAAUGCCAGGAAUAUUUUUUAAUUAUGAAUUAAGUCCAUUAAUGGUAAAAUAUACAGAAAAAGCAAAAUCAUUCGGUCAUUUUGCAACGAAUGCUUGUGCGAUUAUCGGUGGUGUAUUUACAGUUGCUGGAUUGAUAGAUUCAUUAUUAUAUCAUUCACUCAGAGCAAUACAAAAAAAAAUAGAAUUAGGAAAAUAUAACUAAAAUUCAAAUCAAUUUAUAGAUUUGAAAAAUAUUAUAGAAUAUUUGAAGAUAUUUUGUACGAUGAAUAAUAAUUUAAAUUAUAUAAAAUAGUAAGAUCAAAUAAUUUGAUCUUUUAUCGAAUAUAUUAUUAAAAAAUGAAAAGGAAAAACUACUGAUAUAAUGAUAUUAUAAGUUUUACAAGUUUUUUAUAUUGUCUUAAAUAAUAUUGGUACAACAAAUUAAAUACUGAUGUGUAAGAUAUAUGAAAUUGUACAUAAAGGUUUCUAGAAAUGUAUAAAAAUAUCUAAUAUUUAAGUACAAUAUAUACAAUAAAGAUUACAUUGCUAUAAAAAAAAA